UUAGUGUAUAAAAAAAUAAAUAAUUCAUAAAAACGACUAAGAGUAAUAACAAAAAUAAUUAAUAAUGAAAAAUCAAAAGCGGCGUAGCCCGAUGAGUGCACUAAUUAAAAUUUCAAUAAUAUUACUAUGGAUAUUUUUAAUAUUUUCGGUGUUUUCUUUAACCAACGCUUAUAGCAAUAUAAAAAGUGAUUACAAUGGAGCAAACAGCUCAAAAUUAAUUCGAAUUGACGGUGAUAUUAUUUUUGGCGGGAUUUUUCCAAUGCACGAACAGAUUGUGGGAUUGAGUGGUGAAUUACCGUGCGGAGCAGUGAAAGAGGAGAAAGGCGUCCAGCGUUUAGAGGCAAUGCUUUUUGCGAUCGAUGAGAUCAAUAGAAAUGAUGAGUUGUUACCAAAUACCACCCUUGGAGCACUUAUUCUCGAUUCAUGUAGUAGUGAUACAUAUGCUUUAGAUCAAAGUAUGGAAUUUGUGCGGUCAUACAUGAAUCAGGAUAUGACCGAGUAUAAAUGCGAAGAUGGUAAGGCACCGCUUUAUGUGCCUCAUAAAUCUGUCACUGGAGUUAUCGGAGCAUCAUUCAGUGUCGUUUCAAUAAUGGUUGCUAACAUAUUGAGGCUCUUCAAGAUCCCACAAUUGAGCUACGCAUCGACGAGCACAGAGCUCUCGGACAAAAGUCGUUUUGAAUACUUCAGCAGAGUUGUACCACCGGAUAAUUUUCAAGCGCAGGCGAUGGUUGAAGUGGUACAUCAGCUCGGAUGGAAGUACGUCUCAACGGUCGCUGUUGAAGGGGAUUACGGUGAAAAAGGAAUAGCCCGCUUCAUUGGUCUCGCUUCAGAAUAUAACAUAUGUGUUGCAAUAAGUGAAAAAAUUCUUCGUAAUUCACGUGCUGAAGACUUUGAUCGUAUUAUUGAGCGACUUGGAUCUAAGCAUAAUGCCAGAGGCGUCAUUUUAUUUGUCGAUGAAGAUAACAUCAGAAAACUUUUGCAAGCAACUGUUCGUGCCAAUAGAACAGGGCACUUUAUGUGGGUCGGAAGUGACUCGUGGGGCGCAAAAGUUCAUCCGGUGCGAGAUCAAGAGUUUGCUGCUCAAGGCGCGAUUACGAUCUUGCCAUUUGGAAAUUCUCUAAAAGAUUUCGAUGAGUACUAUAAAAAUUUAAGACCUCGAGUCGGCAAUGAGUGCAACGGACAGACGGAAAAAAAUGUUCCUUAUCCAUUAGGAAGUAAGACAGGAAAAAUGGUUAACUGUCGUAAUGUAUGGUUCCGUGAGUUCUGGUCUCAACACCACAAGUGCCAUUUUAUCGAGCAAAAUUCUAGCUCUUCAGCAGCUAAAACUGGGGUGAAACGCUGCACAGGUGAUGAGGAGCUUGUUGAUUAUGAUCAAGAAGGCCUUGUUCCAUUUGUAGUUGACGCUGUGUAUGCGAUGGCACACGCAGUACACAACAUUAUUAACGACGAGUGUGUUAAAACUCGUGGAACAGUGCACCAUCUGUGCGACAGUCUGACGCCAGCACCACCAGGACAACAUCUUCUUCACUAUAUUCGCAAUGUAAGCUUCACGGGUCGUCAAGGUACGGAAAUAAGAUUCAACAAUGACGGCGACGCUUUUGGCUUUUAUAAUAUUUAUCAGUAUCAACAUACUGAUGAAAAUCGUUAUGACUACGUCCUCAUUGGUUCCUGGAAAGAAGUACUAAAUCUGGAUAUAAACAUGACCCGGUGGCAUGGUGGAUCUGGUGAAGCUAAUAUCCCACAGAGCGCUUGUAGCAGUGAUUGUCCGGUUGGAUAUGUCAGAAAUUUUCAGGAUAUGUGUUGCUGGAGUUGCAUGCAGUGUCCAGACAAUGCCUAUGUCUUUAAUGACUCAUGUCGAAACUGUGAGCCCGGAUGGGCACCUGACAAUAUCUCAAAGUCACGAUGUAUCAAAAUACCUGCCGAAAUAAUAACAUGGGCAAGUCCAUGGGCUAUAGUACCUUUGAGUUUUGCAAGUAUCGGCAUAUUAAUUACACUCUUUACGAUAAUUAUAUUUGUACGAUUCAAUCAUACCCCAGUAAUUAUGGCCUCGGGACGUGAACUGUGCUACGUUCUUCUAGUUGGAAUCCUCUUGUGUUAUGGAAUGAGUUUCGUUAUUUUAGGCGAACCAACACGCUGGAAUUGUACAUAUCUACGUAUCGGUUUAGGUCUCUGUUUAAGUAUCUGCUACAGCGCUAUUUUAACAAAAACAAAUCGGAUAUCAAGAAUUUUUACUCAAGGAAAAAAAUGUCUAAAACGGCCUUCUUACACUUCACCUAAGAGUCAAAUAGCUAUUUCAUUGGGUAUCACAUCAAUCCAAUUAAUUGGUACAAUUGUCUGGUUGAUAAUCGAACCACCCGACAUAAAAGAAAUUCAUCCAAAUCCAUUAACAGCAGUUCUCACUUGUCGUGUAUCAACAUUCUCACUCAUGAUGUCUUUAGUUUAUAACAUGGUUCUAAUCUUAAUGUGCACACUUUACGCCUUCAAGACACGUAAAAUACCAGCGAACUUUAAUGAAGCUAAAUAUAUUGGAUUUACGAUGUAUUCCACGUGCAUCGUUUGGCUGGCCUUUGUUCCCAUAUACUUUAGCACUUAUAACGAUUACACGAUUCAAAUUGCCAGCAUGUGUAUGUGCAUCAAUAUAUCGGCGACUGUCGUGCUUGGUUGUCUUUUUAUACCAAAAGUUUACUUGGUGCUAUUUCAACCAAAUAAAAAUGUACGGUCUGGUCACACGAAUACUGUGAGUGCUGGUGGUCCUGGCAGCGCCGGAGCUCCUUCAGGUGGUAAUGCUCAAAACAGUUCGUCAACACACUCUGGAUUGCGCUCGACAUACAGUAUGAGAUUUGUACCAUCUAGAAGCCAGACGAUACAAAGUGUUACUUCAUGUUCACGCAGUAGUCCCGUUACUGGUGACAAUGAUGAUACUAGUAGUAUCAACAAACCUAUUACCACAGUAUCAGCAUCUACUGAAGCAGUAAUAGCAGUCAAUGGCGGUGACGCUCAAAUUAGUCCUCUAAGUGACUAACUUUUUUUAGCUGAAUUACUUUUUUAUUUUUAUUAGGUAGAUUAGCAAUUCGCGUUACUAAUGCAGAGCCAAAAGGGCGUAUAAAAAAAAAUUUUUUCCUCCAACCAACCUAAAAAUGUUUAUAACAUUCAGAUCUACAAGAAA